UCUAUAACUUUAUAACGACUAGAAACAGCCUAAAAUCAGCCAUGCCCCGAGCAUGAAUCCUGCGUCUGCUCGAUGCCUUCACUGCUCGGCUCGCCUCCCAUCCCUCCACCAGUCCUCGACGAAUCCCAUCCCAAUCGAGUGGGCGGGUCCAGGUCUCACUCUCCUGGCGAGCAACGUGCCCUCCCAGAUCCCAACCGCCUAGCCCCUGAAGACGCCUACUAUGCGCCGUCACUAUUAAAGGCGCGCGCGGCCGCAGCGGCCAAGACCAACCGCGACGAUUCUCUUCGAACAUUGAAAGGCAAUGGCAAUGGCAACUCCGCCGCUCUUACGACUUUGCGGCCAUUGUCCGCGGUACCGAAACCGGAUGCCGAGAAAGAUGUGCGGAGUAUGAGGGGCACAAGUCGACGGAGGAGACGGAGGAAGGGUGCUUGGAAAAAACUACUCUGGGUCAAACAGUCAUACCCGGAUAAUUACACCGAUACGGAAACCUUCCUCGAUCAUCUCCAGCGAAACCCGCGCGUUCGCCCUUAUGAUUUUUGGCCAUUGGUCGCUGAUUCGACUGUCAUCGUACAACAUGUUUGUUCCGUGGUUAUCUUCAUCUGCUGUUUCGUCGGUAUCGUCCAGGGUCGAGUGAGUCCGGUCUCGGUGGUCUGUUGGGGGAGUGUCGGUACUGCCGUGGGAUGGAUACUCUGGGACGCUUGGGCGAAGGCAGAUGAGAGCGCUGGUGGUCCAGAACGUGUUGUGGAGGGAGAUGCUGGCUCGAGUUCUAGCUCGGUGGUGGACUCAACCCACCCCUCUGGGACUGGACAGAAGGAUAACCAGGUCCAAGGCCUUGGGCUGAGUAUGGGAUCCAACCUACCUGGCCCAAAUCGAUAUGGAGAUUCUCGCUUGUCGGAAUCGAUCUCGUCUACAGCAAACAGCAUUCACCGAUAUCCUAUACCGUUUGAGCCCAGCAGGCCCCUACGCUUAUCCUCACGAAACCGCCAACGACUGUCAACAGUCAAAUCGGCAUUCCUCAUCUACUUCGCAUUACUCGGGCUCAGUCCCAUUCUCAAAUCUCUCACCAAAUCCACCGCCAGCGACUCAAUCUGGGCCAUGAGUUGCUGGCUCCUAUUCAUGAACAUCUUCUCCUUCGACUACGGAAGCGGGGAGGGCGCAGGCGCCACCAAAUUCCCAGCUUCUCUAUCCACAAACGCAGCGGUGAUGGCAUCCACCGUGCUCGCCUCCCGUCUACCCUCGACAACCCACGUGUUCAGCCUAAUGCUCUUCUCCAUGGAAGUCUUCGGACUCUUCCCCAUCUUCCGCCGCCAACUACGCCAUAUCUCAUGGACCGGACACGUCCUCCUAACAUUGACCCUAGUAAUCGUCGCCGGUGGCGCUGUCGGAUGCACCAUACGAGGCGGCUGGGCAGCUGCCGUUCUGGGAUCGCUACUGGGAAGCAUUUUGACGGCGCUUGCCAUGGGAGGAUGCAGUUGGUGGCUGAUUAGUCUUCAAAAGUAUAAAAAUGUGGUGAUUGGACCGUGGGAUCCGGCGAGACCUAUUAUUCGUCGUCAUUGGGAUUGAUUGAUUGCUUGAUUUAUUGGGAGUCGGGACUCGGAUGUUCUAAAGAUACCCCUUAUUUUUGCUAGAAAUAGACUUUAAUUAUUGUACAUAGGUUCUGUUCUAAAUACAUUGCGUUG